AUGAACGUUUCAUCACACUCAGUUGUUCUUCCAGUAAAUCAUCAUCGUCGUUUUCCAACUACGAAGUGUUCAUCAAUGGUUUUUAACGCUUCUCCAAUAGCUGUUAGUAAUAAAAUAAGAGCAAUUCAAGCACGUAAAACUCGUCUUACACCGUUAUCCACUGAUCAUGAUUAUACUGAUAUUCGUCGAUUAAAUUUUGGUUAUAGUGGUGGUGUUACAAGUUCUAGAACAGAUUUCUCUGUUAUGACUGCUGAAAGAUUAGUUGAUCGUAGCAAAGAUAUACGUCUUGAUCGUAUUUCUAAACGUCAUCCUCCUCAUCGUCCAUCUGUUCUAUCAACAAAUGUUAAUCAACAAUCACUACUAUGGCCAGGUUAUCAAGCGUCCAAUGAAGGUAAUAAACAACAUCAAAUACCAUCAAAUCCUCCGACAAUUAUGUCACCUGCUGUCAGAUCAUAUAAAAAUAAAUCAUUACCAGGUGGUAAAAUACCUGAUUUAAAUCGAUCUCGAAAUCGUCAACUAUAUAAUGAUCGACAAAGUUCUCUAACACCGAUUGAACGACAAAAAAAAUCUAUAUUAAAAACAAAAUCUUCACAAAUUAAAAUACAUAAUGUUCCAGAAAGGACGAAUCAUAAUGAUCUUCGAACAUAUGGAACUGAAGAAGAUGAUGAAAAUAUUCUUAUAGACGAAGAAAAUAAUGAAAAUAUUUUUAUAGACGAAGAUUUUGAACGAUAUCUCCUAGCAGCAAAUGUGAAAUGUGCUGAUUGGCUUAUUAAAUAUGUAUUUAAUCAAACAGUUAAUGAACAAAACGAUUAA